GUAUACCAAGCGCUGCAUGAUCUACUGUAAUGAUGGCCAGGGCUUGUCUCGGAGUCGAGACUGUACCCUGUACCAAUGAGAAUACCAAAUUCGCAUCUUUAAUUCUAUGAAAUUUCUACCCUUAUCCUUAUAAUAGACCAUUACUGCUACUACUCCUAUGUACUGGUAUGCAUAUAAUGCUAAUGCCUGCCGUCGCCGAGAACCGCUGAUCGUCCCUCCCUUUCUGUGCCGUCUUCUCCCUCUCUCCUCCAUCCUUUUCUCUCCUCCUGCUCUCCUCUUCUCCUUCUUCGCUCUUUCUGUCGCCUUUUCGUCGCUCCUUCCUUCUUUCAAUAAUCUGUCUUUCGUUAAAAAAGGGCUCUAUUUACGAGCCCAGCCAGGCCCCUUGAGGCUUCCUCCCAGUGUUGUUCCGUCGUUUCGCCUCCCCAAUAUCUCUCACUUUCUCUUUUUUUUUUUUUUUUUUUUUUUUUUUUUCCCUGUAUAUCUUUGCUUUAGUUUAUUUAUCUAGCAUAUGUUCACUCUCAGACUCUACAGAAAUCUACGCUGGGAUUAGCUUGGGUGUUCUUCAAUAUUUACGAAACCGCAUCUGCGACGAUACCCCGGACUCAAAUCGCACCACGACCGACCGUGCAU